AUGCCUUUAUUACCGUUCGCGUGCGGCCUCGUCUCGCGAAUUAAAGGCACCGCGCCCACUCGAUACAGAAAAGAUGGCAGUUCGUUCGGGCCUGAUCGAAUGUUCGUACAAUCCACAUUCGAUCUAGAAAAAUGGAUCAAUCGCCUUAGCUAUACCCAGCAACAGCUCGAGGAGCUUAAUCAGAAAGGCCUGUUGAGAAAGAUGCUGAAAGAGGGUGUCAAAGGUGUAAAUUAUCAGUGGUAUGACGAAAAAACAGGAUGGACACGUGGCGAGUCUAAGCGCACAGGUGUCCUAGCGGUCAAAGUGGGCAUGAAAAUGGAAAAGGAUUGGUGGGGCACGGCGCAUCCAGUAACAUUGCUACAGUUAUUAGAUAACGUUGUUGUACAAGUAAAAAGGAAGGAGACAGACAAUUACUAUGCGCUCCAAAUUGGUGCGGGUCUUGCCAAACUCAAUAGGACGAAAAAACCCUUGAUGGGUCAUUUCGCCAAAGCAGAUGUCCCUCCAAAACAAGUUCUGAGAGAAUUUCGCGUAACCCCUGAUGCCAUUAUUGACCCAGGAACGCCCAUCUAUGCAGAACAUUUCAAGGCCGGGCAAUUUGUAGACGUUCGCGGCCGUACAAAAGGAAAAGGCUUUGCUGGCGCAAUGAAACGACAUGGCUUCUCAGGAGGUUAUGCGAGUCAUGGACAAUCAAUAACGCAUCGUUCACUUGGAUCCACGGGACAGAACCAAGACCCAGGUCGUGUCUUCAAGGGAAAGGCUAUGCCUGGUCACAUGGGUAAUAGAAAACGUGUGGUCUACAACCUACGCCUACUCAAAAUCAACACGGAAGAUCAAAUUCUCUAUGUAAUAGGCUCUGUUCCAGGUCCCAAAAAGGGCUGGGUUGAGGUUGUUGAUGCGCGAUUUAAAACGCAUGCUAGAGCGCCCCCUUUUCCUACAUAUAUUCCAAAUCCUGAAUCGACCGAGAAAAAGCCUCGAUUUUUGCAUUGGAGAUUCGCGGACCCAUUCAAGACGAUUAGAGAAAUUGACUGGGAUGUAAAAACAGCGGAGGCAAUAGCUGCACUGAAGGCUGCACAGACAGCUGGUGACGCUGAAGAUGGAACGACGGUUGCUGAUGGAAUCGGAGACGACGAUCUUAUGAAGGAAUAAAGCGUCUGAAAAAAUUUUUUUUCAAUAAUUCGGCCAUCUGAAAUUUAUUUAUAAUAAAGUUUCAGAAU